UUUGAUCUUGGGACAGCUAACUAUAUUUAGCUAACACUAACAAGGAGCCGAGCCCCAGCUCUAUCCCGCAGCAGCAAGAGCAAUGCCGGCCACCAUGCCGCUAACCUUGUCCCCGGCCCGCCUCCUCCUCCUCCACCGCGGCCGCCAAGCCAAGGUCCAGCAGCCGCGCUCCCUCGCGCGGCUCCGCUGCGCCCCCGACGAGGUCGCGGCCACGACCGCCGAGCAGCAGCAGGGGGAGGAGGAGGAGCUGGUGCUCCUCGCCUCCUACCGCACCGCCUUCAACGAGGUCAUCAUGGUCAUCGACUCGCCCUCCAACCGCUACCUCGUCCUCGACCCCACCCAGAACAUCCACAGCAUUCUCCCCAAGAAGAGCGCCUGGACCAAUUCCUACUGGGAUGAGUGUGUCAGCCUACCUACCGUUGUUCCACGCGGCCCUGUUGCACUUCUAGGUUUGGGUGCUGGGACAGCAGCACACAUGAUGCUAGAAGUUUGGCCUUGGAUAGAACUUAUCGGAUGGGAGAUUGAUCCGACGGUAAUUGAAUUGUCGAGGGAUUAUUUUGGUAUGUCCACUUUAGAGAAGACCACGGAACUAGGUGGUUCACUUUCAGUGCAUAUUGGCGAUGCACUUUCCCCAUCGGCUACAGUCGAAGGAGGAUUUGCUGGUAUUGUUGUUGAUUUAUUUGCUGAUGGAAAAGUCUUACCUCAGCUACAGGAAGUUGAAACUUGGUUAGAGAUUGCGAAGAAGCUGAUGCCCGAUGGUCGAAUCAUGGUCAACUGCGGCGCUGGAGAUACCGCCGUAUCUCUUGCUGCCGACGGGGAUGUUUCCUCCUGGCUUCAGAAUCCCACAAUCAAGGCUCUAUGCUCUGCAUUUCCAGGGCAACUAAACUGGAAGAGGCUUUCGGAGAAGGAGAGCGUAAACUACAUCGCGUUGACGGGUCCCCUUCCGGAUUUGGAGGAGUGGUCAACCUCGGUUCCUAGCGAGCUGAGCCUGAGAGUGAAACAAUGGGUGCCUUGCGAGCUGGCGUGAGGAUGGAUCGAUGUGUAGUUAAGUUAAGGCCGUCGAUCUGCAUUUGAAGAAGUUCAUGUCAUAGCAGCGCUCACAUGUCCAAGGUGAUGCAUCUGUCUGGCCCCAAUUUCUGUUCCUAGUUUGAAGAAGAGCAGAGGGAAGACCUGCUUGUUAAAUCGGGCGAGGGGAACUCCGGAACGCACCGCGCUACAGUUAACUUUUGCCAUGUCCUGCUGUCGAUUAGUACAGUGCUCCCUCUGAAAAGAAAUAUAAGACCGUUUAUAUUUCUCUACAGAGGGAAUAUCAUUCAUCAAUCACCAUCCCAUUCCAUGUCUUGGCAGUGUGUCGCAAAGUGACAAGUUGAUUCCCCUUCCACGUUACUUGUACACACGGUUGAGCCGAAUGUGUUGUUGUGGUUGUGU